AUGGCUGACCGCAGCGCGCCCGGCUGCCACCUGCGGCUGGAGUGGGUCUACGGUUACCGGGGCCACCAGUGCCGCAACAACCUGUACUACACGGCGGCCAAGGAGAUCGUCUACUUCGUGGCGGGGGUCGGCGUCGUCUACAGCCCCCGCGAGCACCGGCAGAAAUUCUACCUGGGGCACCAGGACGACAUCAUCAGCCUUGCUUUGCAUCCUGAACGUGUGCUGGUGGCAACAGGUCAAGUCGGAAAAGAACCGUAUAUCUGUGUGUGGGACUCAUACACUGUGCAAACUGUAUCUGUUCUGAAAGACGUUCAUACACAUGGUAUAGCUUGCUUGGCUUUUGAUUUAGAUGGUCAGCGGUUGGUCUCAGUUGGUUUGGAUUCAAAAAACACAGUUUGUGUAUGGGACUGGAGAAAAGGAAAAUUGUUAUCAAUGGCUCCUGGUCAUACAGACAGAAUAUUUGAUAUUUCUUGGGACUUGUACCAGCCAAACAAGCUUGUUAGCUGUGGUGUCAAACACAUCAAGUUCUGGAGCUUGUGUGGCAAUUCGUUGACACCAAAACGUGGUGUUUUUGGCAAAACUGGUGAUCUCCAAACUAUAUUGUGCCUAGCUUGUGCAAGAGAUGAAGUGACGUAUUCUGGUGCACUGAAUGGUGAUAUUUAUGUGUGGAAAGGAAUAAACCUUGUACGGACAAUACAGGGAGCACAUGCUGCAGGAAUUUUCAGCAUGAAUGCGUGUGAAGAGGGGUUUGCCACUGGUGGCAGGGAUGGCUGUGUUCGCUUGUGGGAUUUAAAUUUUAAACCAAUUACUGUGAUUGAUCUCAGGGAAACAGACCAGGGAUAUAAAGGUCUGUCUGUAAGAAGUGUUUGCUGGAGAGGAGACCAUAUACUUGUUGGGACGCAAGACAGUGAGAUUUUUGAAAUUGUGGUGCAUGAGCGUAAUAAGCCCUUCCUGAUAAUGCAGGGGCACUGUGAAGGAGAGCUGUGGGCUUUGGCUGUCCAUCCUACAAAACCAUUAGCAAUGACUGGAAGCGAUGAUCGAUCAGUCAGAAUCUGGAGUUUAAUAGAUCAUGCUCUGAUCGCUCGGUGCAAUAUGGAGGAACCCAUUCGGUGUGCGGCAGUUAGUACUGAUGGAAUCCAUCUUGCUCUGGGAAUGAAGGAUGGCUCUUUCACAGUGCUUCGAGUCAGAGAUAUGACUGAGGUUGUUCAUAUCAAAGACAGGAAAGAAGCUAUUCAUGAACUGAAAUAUUCACCAGAUGGGAAUUUCCUAGCUGUUGGUUCCAAUGACAGCUCUGUGGAUAUAUAUGGUGUUGUUCAGCGAUACAAGAAAAUUGGAGAAUGUAUUGGAUCUUUAAGUUUCAUCACCCAUAUGGAUUGGUCUUCAGACAGUAAAUACUUACAGACCAAUGAUGGCAAUGGGAAGAGGCUUUUUUACAGGAUGCCAAGUGGAAAGGAAGUAUCAAGCAAGGAGGAAUUGAAGGGUGUUCAGUGGGCAUCGUGGACCUGUGUUUCUGGUGUUGAAGUUAACGGAAUUUGGCCCAAAUAUUCAGAUAUAAAUGAUAUAAAUUCUGUGGAUGCAAAUUUUAUUGGACAAGUUAUGGUUACAGCUGACGAUUAUGGAAUAGUAAAGCUCUUUCGAUACCCAUGUCUAAGAAAAGGAGCAAAGUUUAAAAAAUAUCUUGGUCAUUCUGCUCAUGUGACAAACGUCAGAUGGUCGCAUGAUCACCAGUGGGUUGUUUCCAUUGGGGGAGCUGAUCAUUCUGUCUUUCAGUGGAAAUUUGUCCCUGAUCGGAAGUUGAAAGAUUCUCUUCAUAUAGCACCCCAAGAGAGUCUGGUUGAUUCUAAUAGCGAUGAAUCAGAUUCAGAUCAGUCUGAUGUUCCAGAGCUGGACUCUGAAAUUGAGCAAGAGACACAGAUAACCUAUCGUCGACAGGUUUACAAAGAAGAUCUACCUCAACUUAAAGAGCAAUGCAAAGAAAAAAGAAAAAGUGCGGCUUCUAAGAGACGAGAGAGAGCUCCAGGGAACAGUAUAAGAUUACAUUUUGUUCAUGGUUACAGAGGUUACGACUGUCGAAGCAAUUUAUUUUACACUCAGACCGGUGAAAUUGUAUACCAUGUUGCAGCGGUGGGAGUGGUGUACAAUCGACAGCAGAACACACAGCGCUUUUAUCUAGGUCAUGAUGAUGACAUUCUUUGCCUUGCUAUUCAUCCCUUAAAGGACUAUGUUGCAACAGGCCAGGUUGGUCGAGAUUCCUCAAUACACAUUUGGGAUACAGAAACAAUAAAACCACUCUCAGUAUUAAAGGGCUAUCACCAGUAUGGUGUUUGUGCUGUUGAUUUUUCAGCGGAUGGGAAACGUUUGGCUUCUGUUGGAAUAGAUGACAAUCACACUAUUGUACUCUGGGACUGGAAGAAAGGAGAAAAGCUUUCAGCAGUAAGGGGAAGCAAAGAUAAGAUUUUUGUUGUUAAGAUUAAUCCUUAUAUGCCUGAGAAGUUGAUUACAGUUGGAAUUAAACACUUGAAAUUCUGGCGUAGAGCAGGGGGAGGACUAAUUGGGAGGAAGGGCUGCAUAGGUGCAAUGGGAAGAACCGAUACGAUGAUGUGUGCAGUAUAUGGCUGGACUGAAGAGAUGGCAUUCUCUGGAACUUCCACAGGGGAUGUCUGUAUCUGGAGAGAUGUGUUUCUUAUAAAAACUGUCAAAGCACAUGAUGGUCCUGUGUUCAGCAUGCAUGCAUUAGAAAAAGGAUUUGUCACUGGAGGAAAGGACGGGGUAGUAGCUCUCUGGGAUGAUACCUUUGAACGCUGUCUCAAAACGUAUGCCAUCAAAAGGGCUGCUUUGGCCCCAGGAUCUAAAGGUCUCCUCUUAGAAGAUAAUCCUUCUAUACGUGCCAUAUCUUUAGGGCAUGGUCAUAUUUUAGUGGGCACAAAGAACGGUGAAAUAUUGGAGGUGGAUAAAAGUGGACCAAUAACUCUUCUGGUUCAGGGUCACAUGGAGGGGGAAGUUUGGGGUCUAGCUACUCAUCCUCAUUUACCCAUUUGUGCCACUGUAAGUGAUGACAAAACCUUAAGAAUAUGGGAUUUAUCUCCUAGCCAUUGUAUGUUAGCUGUUCGCAAAUUGAAGAAGGGAGGCCGAUGUUGCUGCUUUUCUCCUGAUGGAAAAGCAUUAGCUGUUGGUCUCAACGAUGGGAGUUUUUUAAUAGUUAAUGCAGAUACCCUGGAGGAUCUAGUCUCCUUCCAGCACAGGAAAGAUGUUAUUUCAGAGAUCCGGUUUUCUCCUGGGGCUGGAAAGUACUUAGCUGUGGCAUCCUGUGACAACUUUGUAGAUAUUUACAAUGUAAUGAGCAGUAAACGAGUAGGAAUCUGCAAGGGAGCUUCCAGUUACAUAACGCACAUGGACUGGGACAUAAGAGGGAAGCUCCUGCAAGUUAACACUGGUGCUAAAGAGCAGCUAUUUUUUGAAGCUCCUCGUGGAAAAAAACAGACCAUUCCUACUUUGGAGGUAGAAAAGAUUGGCUGGGCAUCAUGGACAAGUGUUCUGGGCUCUUGCUGUGAAGGAAUCUGGCCAAUAAUUGGUGAAGUCACAGAUGUAACUGCUUCAUGCCUCACUAGUGAUAGUAAAGUAUUAGCCACAGGAGAUGAUUUUGGAUUUGUGAAGCUAUUUCGAUACCCCGCUAAAGGAAAGUUUGGAAAAUUUAAGAGGUAUGUUGCUCACAGUACCCAUGUAACAAAUGUCCGUUGGACGUGUGAUGACAGUUUGUUGGUCACUGUUGGAGGAGCAGACACCUCUUUAAUGCUGUGGACUUAUGAGAUGGAAGGACAUCGGGAUACCAGGCAGUGUGACAGUGAAGAAUCUGAUCUAGAUUCUGAAGAAGAUGGAGGUUAUGACAGCGAUGUGACAAGGGAAAAUGAAAUUAAUUACACCAUCAAAGCCUUAUCAACAAACAUUAGACCAAUGUUUGGAAUUAAGCCUCAUCUGCAACAAAAGGAGCCAACCUUAGAUGAAAGACCACCAGUUAGUAGGGCAUUGCCACAGCCAGAGAAACUUCAGACAAAUAAUGUUGGGAAAAAAAAGAGACCUAUAGAGGACCUAAUUUUGGAGCUGGUAUUUGGGUACCGAGGCAAGGACUGCAGAAACAAUGUGCACUAUUUGAACGAUGGUGCCGAUGUAAUAUAUCAUACUGCAUCUAUUGGGAUCUUGUAUAACGUGGCAACAGGUUCUCAGUCUUUUUACCAAGAACACAAUGAUGAUAUUUUGUGCCUCACUGUAAAUCAGCACCCCAAGUUUACCAACAUAGUGGCAACUGGCCAAGUAGGAGACUCAGCAGAUAUGUCAGCUACAGCUCCUUCUAUUCAUGUGUGGGAUGCAAUGAACAAACAGACAUUAUCAGUACUGCGGUGCUACCAUUCAAAGGGAGUUUGCUCAGUCAGUUUCAGUGCCACUGGCAAACUGCUGCUCUCCGUAGGGCUGGAUCCCGAACAUACCAUUACCAUUUGGAAGUGGCAGGAAGGUGCCAAAAUUGCCAGCCGAGCUGGUCAUAACCAGCGUAUAUUUGUAGCAGAAUUCAGACCAGACUCAGAUACCCAGUUUGUUUCUGUGGGAGUGAAACACGUGAGGUUCUGGACACUGGCUGGAAGAGCUCUUCUCAGUAAAAAAGGGCUGCUGAGUUCCAUAGAAGAUGCCCGAAUGCAAACAAUGCUGUCUGUAGCUUUUGGAGCUAAUAACUUGACAUUCACGGGUACUAUCAGUGGAGAUGUUUGCGUUUGGAAAGAUCACGUCUUGAUACGAAUUGUGGCCAAAGCUCACAAUGGACCGGUUUUCACAAUGUAUACCACAUUAAGAGAUGGCUUGAUUGUUACAGGAGGCAAAGAAAGGCCAUCAAAGGAAGGAGGAGCAGUUAAACUAUGGGAUCAAGAGCUGAAACGAUGUCGUGCCUUCAGACUGGAGACAGGACAAAUGACUGACUGUGUUCGCUCUGUUUGUAGAGGCAAGGGAAAAAUUCUUGUUGGCACAAGAAAUGCUGAAAUAAUUGAAGUUGGAGAGAAAAAUGCUGCAUGUAACAUUCUAAUAAAUGGUCAUAUGGAUGGACCAAUCUGGGGCCUAGCAACACAUCCUUCCAGAGAUUUUUUCCUUUCUGCUGCAGAAGAUGGCACAGUAAGACUCUGGGAUAUUGCUGAAAAGAAGAUGCUGAACAAAGUCAGCUUAGGGCAUGCAGCUCGUACUGUUUGUUACAGCCCAGAAGGUGAUAUGGUAGCCAUUGGCAUGAAAAAUGGAGAAUUUAUUAUCUUGCUUGUGACAUCUCUGAAAAUUUGGGGAAAAAAAAGAGACAGAAGAUCAGCUAUCCAAGAUAUCAGGUUUAGCCCAGAUUCUCGUUACUUAGCAGUCGGUUCCAGUGAGAAUGCAGUGGAUUUUUAUGAUCUGACGUUGGGUCCCACACUAAAUCGAGUCAGCUACUGCAAAGAUAUCCCAAGUUUUGUGAUCCAGAUGGACUUCUCUGCAGAUAGCUGUUAUCUCCAGGUCUCUACUGGGUCUUACAAAAGGCAAGUCUAUGAAGUGCCUUCAGGAAAACAGCUUGUGGACCAGGCUGUGAUUGACAGAAUAACAUGGGCUACAUGGACAAGUGUUCUAGGGGAUGAAGUAAUUGGAAUCUGGUCCAGGCAUGCUGAAAAAGCUGAUGUUAACUGUGCCUGUGUCUCUCACUCGGGAAUCAAUCUUGUAACAGGCGAUGAUUUUGGCAUGGUCAAACUGUUUGACUUCCCAUGUCCUGAAAAAUUUGCAAAACACAAACGAUUUUUAGGUCACUCUGCCCACUUAACUAAUAUUCGAUUUACAAGUGGAGAUAGAUACGUGGUUAGUGCAGGAGGGGAUGACUGCAGCUUAUUUGUUUGGAAGUGUGUGCAUAUGCCUCAUUGAGGGAGACAUGGAGACUUGCAAAGAGGAUGCUGCAUGAAGUACCAGGCAUGAAAUACCCAGGAUUGCAACGUGAUAUUCUACUGUGCCCUGCAUGCUUAAGAAAUGGUGCUGAUCCAAGACACAGAGCGAUCCGUCUCUGAAAGACAAGUAUCUAGAGUCUGUCAGAAGGAUAGACUGUAAUAUGUUGAGGCCAUUAGAUUUGCUUCAGUAAUCCGGGUUUGUAUUUCACUCACUGCCAGAUGUUGAAAAUGAAAUACAUGAAUAAAAGGGAAAAGGGAAUUGUUGGUCAAUGUACAAUUUCACAGUAAGAUCCUGGGUUUUUAAUCAAGAGAUGUUAUUUCUGACCUAGUGCUGUACAUUGAUCUAUUUUGAGCAUGAAUGUUUCUUCUUUAAGUUUUGGGGUCUGAAUAUCAUUGAAAAAAGAGUAUUCCAUAUUUUAUUACUGAAAGAAACCAUAUAUUAUCUCUUAAAUAUAUAGUAUUUUAAUAAAUGUUUAUUAUAAUGGCAAAUGAUAUUUCUAUGAUUGAUCAAAAGGAAACAUCAUCUGGUGAAGCAGAAAAUAAGACAGUUGGUUCCUUAGGACUUAAAUAUUUCUGUAUUUAGAGGCCUGGGUCACAAUCAUGUCUGGUGAAAGCUGCUGGAUAUGCAUGAUCUUCAUGGCUAAUUUAGUGUUUUUGUUGCACUUAAACAUUAAAUUAGUUCUGUGAGCAAAAAUAGAUUUGCUCACUUUGCGAGUGCCUUGCCCACAACCUAAAAGUCUAACUCCAAUUUUUGCCUUUUGAAUAAAAGUUAUUCUCAGUGGAAGAGAGAUUAUUGCU